AUGUUAGAAGAAAUAUCAGACCAACUUGAAAAAACUUUUAUGAAUGAGGAAAUCAGCGUUAAAAAUGGUGUUGGGAAGAAAUUAGAUGCUGAUGAUCGGAUUAUAUUGAAUGUUGGCGGCGUUAAGUAUGAAACAUUUCGGUCAACCUUAACGGCAUAUCCAGAAACACUUCUUGGGAUUAUGUUCGCAGAUCGAAAUAAAGAAAUGCUUCAUCCGAUAAAUGGCAAUGAAUUUUUCUUUGAUAGAGAUGGCUAUUUAUUUCGUCAUAUUCUUCAAUAUUAUCGCACCGGAAUGAUUCAUUGGCCAGAACAAAUUGCUUAUCAUGAUGAUUCCACAAAUCACACACAUUUCGAAUCAAAAAAGUCAAAAAAAUCAUCUGAAGGAUCGGAAAUAAGAGAUGCUAAUACUAUUCCAUCAUACAUAUUUCCAUUUUCUCGAUCAGAACUUGAACAAGAGAUGCAAUAUUUUCUCAUUCCAGCCCUGUAG